AUGGUCGACACCUCCGAAGCAAGAAUCUACGACGAGAUCGAGAUUGAAGACAUGACCUACGAUCCCGUCACUCAACUCUACACAUACCCCUGUCCUUGUGGCGAUCGUUUCGAAAUCAAUAUCGAAGACCUCAGAGAUGGAGAGGAGAUUGCUAUCUGCCCAAGCUGUUCGCUGAUGAUUCGGGUCAUCUAUGAGGUUGAGGAGUUGCCUGCUGUCGCUUGA